ACCGAAUCAGCGGUGAUGGAACGAAAACAUGAAAACUAACAGGCAAACACGGUCUCUUUCUGGACUGGGCUUUGUAGUUCGUAAUUUGGGUCAGGCUUAGUGAAUAUGACUGUAGUACAAAUCCCAUGUUUGAACCAAAAGCACACCUUUCCAAUUGUGAUCCAAUCUCCGCAAGAAUCGAUUUUACAGUGAGAUGCCACGGGCCUACGGCGUUACUCUCCAUGAAAGUAGGUCUUCCACUGCCGCUGCACAGUGCGCACACGUUAUCGAGUCUACCUCUCGACGAACGUUGACCGUCAUUUUCAGUCCAAGACCAAGUCAAGGUCUCGAGCAGCCAAUCUUGAACUCAUUUUUUUUCCUCCAGUGAAGUAUAUGCAGAUAUAUUUUUUCGCUCGAUCAAGGGAGUCGAAUUGAGUUAGCACUCGCGACCCUCGGUUGUGAGCGAAUACCUGUGCCAUGAUGAAGUCUCUCGCCGGAGCAAAAGCCAACGUCGCGAUCAUUAGCUUCCUCUUGUUAGCGACGUUGACGCCGCUCUCCAUUCCGGAGCAGGACGAUGUCCAGUGCCUCCAAGGCACCAAGAAGGCACUCGCAGACCCUGGAGGGAGGCUAAGCUCCUGGAACUUCGCCGCCGUCGCCACCACCAACGCCUCUGCCAUCUGUGACUUCGACGGUGUGACAUGCUGGGGAGGCAACUCCUCGAGGGUGAUCAGUCUCCAACUCGAGAACCUCGAGCUGAGCGGCCCCAUCCCUGAGUCGCUUCAGUUCUGCCGAAGCCUACAAGCGCUGAGCCUCGCCGGCAACAACAUCUCCGGGACGAUCCCCCCUCGAAUCUGUGGCUGGUUACCCUAUUUGGUCAGACUCGAUCUCUCCGGCAAUGGCCUCGAGGGCUCCCUGCCAAGUGAGCUCGCCAACUGCACUUUCUUGAACAAUCUUGAAUUGUCGGACAACAAACUCUCGGGGACCAUACCGCCGGAGCUUGCCAAGCUGCAGCGGCUGAAGACGUUCUCCAUUGCCGGAAAUGAUCUUAAUGGGGAGAUUCCACCCUCGUUCGCCGGGUUCAACGCCGCAGGAUUUUCAGGGAACAGAGGGUUGUGCGGGACACCUCUUGGCCGGUGUGGAGGAGGGCAGAAAAAGAUGGCGGUGAUCGUGGGGGCCGGCGUGUCCGGUGCCGUUGCGUCAUUGGCGGUGAGCUUCGGGCUCUUGUGGUGGUGCGAACGAAGAAGCAUUCGUCUAACCAGAGGCAGCACCGGCGACGGCAGAGGGACUAAGGGGGUUGCUCAAAGAUGAUGAACCGCUUUCUACAUAUCGUCAUCAUGUCCUGUGGUCAUCCGGUCUUCCAUAGAUGUGAAUCUGGAGCACAUGAUGCUCCUGGAGUUGGGUGCGCAACGACCCAGUUUUGAGUGCUUAAACCGGUUGAGAAUAUGACACCUGCAUGUAAGGAUAGCUUAUGGUAAUACAUAUCAAAAUAGGUCAUAGACUUGUUUGUUAACCCAUAUUUGAUGGGUUGGGUUAUUAUAUAUGUUAGUUAUAUUCAGUAAAUGAGUU